AUGAUUGCUGAAGACAUCAGUGAAGAAUCAAACUUAAUUAAAACUGACAAUAAUGAUUAUGAUGGUGGUGGCGUUGGUGAUUGUGAUGAUAAUGACAAUAAUAAUAAUAAUAAUAAUGAUGAUUGUGGUGUUGAAAAAGAUGACGAUGAUAAUGGUGAUGAUGUUGAUUAUUGUGGUGCCGCUGCUGAUGCUGAUAGUGAGUGUGGUGCUGCUGAUGAUGCUCGUGGUAGUUCAAUAGGUGAUGAUGAUGGUGUUGGUGAUGAUGAUAACAAUGGUCAUUGUUGCGGUGAUGAUAAUUAUAGCGACGGUGAUGAUGAUGGUUGUACGGAUAAUGACUGUUGCAGUAAUGCUGGUGAAAAUGAUGAUGAUGAUGAAACGUUGAUUAACAUAAUGUCAUUUAUUAAAUGUAUCAUUGCACAUUUGGGUACUUUAAACAGUGAAUGA